GUAUAAAACACCCGUCGUACAGGUGUAAGCAAAAACCUAUAAAUUAUUACGGUAUUAUUUUCAAAGUAUAGUGUCGUAUUUUGACUAAAUCUUACUGUUAAAACUGUAUUUCAGAAUCUGAUUUCAGAAUAAAAUGCCAUUUUAGGUACCGGAACUGUUUACUCGAUGAGGGGACAUUUACCCGGUUAACAGGUCCUCAAUUGUGCAUUUGUUUUGGGAGCGGACACGUCGGAAAACGAAACCAGAAACUUCCAUAUUUUCUCAUGAUUUUGCAGAAAGCAAGUGAAAAUGGUUUUCGAGAGCUACGUUGUCAGCAUUUUGAACAAAUUUCUUGGACAGUAUGUCGAAAAUUUGGACGCUUCGCAAUUUCAAAUGAGUAUCUGGGGAGGUCUGUAUAUGUCUUUUAAAUUUCCCCAUCCCUCGUGACUUCGCAUGCAUAUAAAAUUGAAUAAAAUAUUUUCCCCUUUUAACUGUUUUGCAUUCGUAUUUUGCCUUGUUUAGGCGAUGUAAAGCUUGAAAAUUUAGUUUUAAAAGAAAAUGCUUUGGUAAGGCUUUAGAAUUAGGAUUAUUUUUAUGAUAAAAGAUUAAAAGACGUAUUUUGUUCUUUUAAAUAUCUUGUUUGUUUAUCUGUGGUAAAUUAUCAUCUAGCAGAUUCUAUGCAUAAAUAAUGCACGCUAUUUGUCGCUGAAUUCAAUACUAAGCUAAAAUAAAGAUACUGUCUUUUUCAUCUCUUUUAAAACAACAUAUUCUAAUACUACUCUAUCGGAGAGCAGUUGUAUUUCAGUUUUUAUUGAUUUGCUCUUGAUUAAUAUGUUUUAAAUCGCCUGGUCGUACGUUUACUGUGAUUAAUAAAUAUCUGGAAAGCAUUCGUACAUGAAGUUAAAUAUUAAAUUGCUUGCAUCUAGUUAAUGUAAUAUGUAACAUAGAAAACAAUCAAUGGGGUAACUUGCAUGUUUGUUGACAAGUCAGGACAUGGUUGAUCAGAAGAUUGCAUGUUGAUCCAAUGAUAAUUGAUUUUGAUUCAAGGCUGCCAGAAGUAAAUCAAUAUUGGGGGGCUCAAGAAUAAAUCUGAAUAAAUCUGAAUUGCUUUAGUGCUUUUGAUUCCAUUGUAAGAGAUUUUCUCUUAAGGAUCGUCCAUAAUUAUCAACAUUUUCACAAGCAUACAGAGAGUACUCUUUAUCUACUCCACUCCCAGAACAUAUGCUAUCAUGGACAUUUUAAAAAGUGUACAUUGUCAUUAACACCCUCUCCCUUACCAUACUGUUUGUAUACUUGUGAAAAUGUUGAUAAGUAUCAGUAACCUCUUAAUCAGAUGGAUGAAACAAACACCAACUUGAACAAAUAAUUAUACUGGAAUCAGGGAUCUUUUGAUGUGUGGAAUUUUCCCCAGAUCUUUGAAGUGCUUUUACCCUCAUCCCCCCCAUUGCAAACCUCUAAUGCCCUGUUUGCUUUCUCCUAUUUAUUCUGGAAUUGGAUCUGGUUAGAGCUGCAUGAGAUUUUCUGGAGUAGCAUGUGCAUUUCUUGAAACAUUCAGCACCCCGUGGGGUGUAUGACCCCCCCUCCCCCUCACCAGUAUCCUUCCAUCCCUGCCAAGUAUGCAAGAUAGGAAUUUGUAAUAUCUUGCACUUUUGAGCAUUACUGCCGUAUAAAUUCAUUCACAAAAUAUGCUUCUCUAAUGGAAUUGCUUAUAUGAAUUUGACCAAGACUUGAUCUUCUGAGCACAGAAGACAUGUGAAAAUUUGUGACUUUAGGUCAUGUUGGUCUGAAAGACCAAGAUUUAAAUGCUAACAUGCAUGACUUUCAUGCCAAAUGCAUGACAAUUGACAGGCCUCGGAUGCUCUCUAAUAGUUAAUCUCUUCCUCUCUAAUUCUGGACACGCCCUCGCAUUAGUGAAUUUUGCAUUGUUAGGCGACACAGGAUUGUGCAGUCACCAUGAUCUCAAAAUUAUAGUACUGUACAGCUAGUAUAUGUUCAGUUGGUACAACAAAAAACCCCUGUUUUUUGUACAUCCAGGAUGAACUUGAUUUGCCAGUGAAAGUGCUAAGGGGCCACUUAGGUAAGUGCAUUGAAGGAUUUGCAAUAAAUUCAAGUGCACAAAUUUUAAUUAUAUGGAAUAUAAAUAAUAAUUAUUGUAUUACUAACAGGUCAGCUUAUAUUAAAAAUUCCAUGGAAAAAUCUUUAUUUGGAACCAGUUGUCGCUAAGGUGGAUGGCGUGUAUCUUUUGGCGAGGCCAAACACAGGUAAUUAGGGUAGCUGUAAACUAACUUUAUUUAUACUGGAUAAUUAUCAGCUUUAAACUGUUCCCCCUAGAGGUUUUAUCUUGUUGGCCCCCCAAAUGGAGUGCCUGGAGAAACCAGUAUGGUGCACCCCCCGCCCUAGUGGUGUCCAGCAUCCCCUGGAAGAAAACUCUGGUAUUCCAUAUUUAAGAUGUGAAUACCAAUUAUAUUGAAAUGAUUGAUUUUCAAAAUAUGUGAGAAAAUAUUCAAACACCAAUACAGUGGGUCACCGUAUAAAGUAGCAUUUUGUGAGAACAAAUUUAACGAAUAAAUAUAGUGCUCAGAAUACAGGAAAUGACAUUUCAGGGAUUCAAAUUCAUGAAUGCCCCUGGACCCCGUAGUACUACAUCCCCCUUUGGAAAACCUCCACCCCCUCUAACAAAUCAGGCAAGAUCUGCCACUCACCUCUUAACCUGAAGUUCAGGCCCUAAUCACAGAAUAGGGCCUGACACAAAACCUAUCUAAAGUGUGGGAUUCCCGUCCAUCUGGUGGACGGGAAAUCUGAUUGGUUGAUCAGCAUCAUGAAGGAUUUUGAUUGGUUGCAAGUUUACAUAAACAACAGUUUUAAAAAUAGCUCGGUCAAGGCGACAAUUAAUAUAAACUUUAGGUCAAACGCACGUACAAAUUCCAUUAUCGAUUUCUUCGAAUUUCUUUUUCUUUUAUGCUUUAUGGCAGAAAAUAAAUCAAACAAACAGUAUUUUGAAAGGGCUUUAUCAAAAUCUUGGACAAAUUUUGGACACACGACGCCGAAAGAACAGCCAAACUAGUACAUGACUAAGUCAUGUAUUCGAAAGCUUGUUGUUGAUAGCCAAGAUGUUCUGCCAACUGGCUUCGCCGGCAAAAGUCUUAUUUUUAAUAUCAGGUCCUACCGGCGUUGUUUUCUGAGCUACAUCGCCUUCUUUGUGGUACGAUUGAGAAUUUCAUUGUUGUUGUUGUUAGCCCGUUUUAAUAAAGUAUAUCCCUAAUAUCCUCGUCCAGCAAGUUGACUGAGACCUUGAGUAAGCUUGGCAGUCAAGCCGUGCACAGAACUGACUAAUUAAAUCUUUGUUUGAAUCUUAUUUAUAUAAAAGUACCUUGAAUUUUUAAGUUUAAUUAUAAAGCAAAAUGCACACUCUGGGGACAUGUUCAUGAGAAUAUAAUUUUUUGUGUAACGAAAUCUACAGCACUUGUCAAUCAUAUUGCAUGUUGUGUCUAAAAAUAACAUGUGGGCGUCCCACGGUCUAGACAGGUUUUGUGUCAGGCCCUAUUUCAAAUUAGGGCCUGAACUUCAGGUUACUCACCUCUGCACUCUUCUCACAUUAUUACUGAAAUGAUAAUCAGACUACCUAUUGUAGGAAUCAAAAUAAAUAGCACUGGGCAACCAAUAUUUCCCAUGCAGAAAGGAAUUAUAAAUUACAUUUUUGUGCACAGAUAUAAAAUACAAUGAGGUAAAAGAGGAGAAAAUUAAACAAGAAAAGAAACAGCAAGAGCUGACUGCAAUUGAAGAGGCAAUCAAAUAUGCAGAAGAAGCUAAAAAUAAAAGUAAGAUUUUGUAUGUGUUGGGGCUACAAAGCUUGUGUGGUGGGGGCAAAUUUAUUAUUGAAGCUGUAGUCAUUCCUGUGCAUGUAAAGUUUCAAUUCUCAUUUUGAAGGUGAGGAAGAGAAAGAAAAGAACUUGAGUUUUGCUGAAAAGUUAGCCAUGCAUAUUGUGAAAAAUAUCCAGGUUUGACAGUUUCCGUAUGUUGCUCAGUAGAAAUUGUACUGUACAAAUAAUUCAUGAGUCAUUUUUAAUCAUUUUAAAUUUUUUUGCAGGUUUUUGUGAGCAAUAUUCACAUCAGAUACGAAGACACUGUAUGUGGUUAUUUUUGUUAAUACUCUACUGUAAUAUGUUGUGUUUGUGUCACUUGGUGAUGUAAUUGUUCUCACUGACAGUGUAUUUGAUAAUAUUGCAGUUGUCCAAUGAAGAUGGACCAUUUUCUGUUGGUAUCACAUUGGAGAACCUCUCAGCUGAGGUAAAACACCACUAUCAUCAUCACCAUGACAACAAUUGUCAUCACCAUGACAACCAUCAUCACCAUAAUUAUCUGAGCAAUGAUGACAAACACGGUCACCAUGACAACCAUUUAUCAUCACCAUGACAACCAUUGUCACCAUGACAACCAUCAUCACCAUGAAAACAACUAUCAUCAUCAUGGCAACCAUUCAUCGUCACCAUGACAACCAUUCAUUUUACCAUGACAACCAUUCAUUUCCCCAUGACAACUAUCAUCACUAUGACAACCACAAACAUAAUUCUCAAUAUUGCCAUGGCAACCAUUAUCACCAUAAAAACAACCAUCAUUACCAUGACAACCAUCUUCAUCAGCACUACCAUUCAUUAUUAUCAUCUCCAUGAUAACCAUUCAUCAUCACCAUGACAACCAACACCAUCACCACAAACAUGAUAAUCAACAUCACCAUGGCAACCAUUAUCAUGAGUCUAUGACAAUCAUCACCAUUGUCAUCUGUACCAUUACCACCACAAUCAUCAGACAUCACAACCAUCAUCAUCACCUUGACCAUCAUGAUCACCACCACCAUGUUACAGUACCACACCCAUUGUUACAAAGUUACAUUUGAAUACCUACUACUCGCUGUUGUUCUCAUUUUAACUGUAGUCUGUUGAUGAUAAUUGGCAACCUGUGGUGGUGGACUCAAAACAGAGCUUGGUAAACAAGGUAUGGUUAACUGGAAUUAUUGCAACUCUGAGAGUCAUUACAGCAGCUGGUAGGCAUCUUCAGAAAAGAAGACACUUACCUUGAUAGGAACAGAAAAUUAAACAAAAUUUGUAUAUUUUAUUUAUUUGCCACUAAAUACAAGACUACAAAUAUUUUUUUAUUUAACAUUAUUUUCUCACAAGUGUAGGCUGACAACAUCGUGAUGGUGCAACCAGAGUGUGCAGUGAAACCAUUUUGAGUUAAAUGUUUACCAUUUGUUUUUGUUGCAGCUUGUAAGACUUGACAAUUUGGCUUUGUACCUCAACUCUCACGACAAAAUUGGUGAAUUGCCAACACCUGCUGACUGGGUG